AUGCUGCGAGAGAUAGGUAGGACCGGCGCAAAACUCAACACCAACGACUGUCUAUCCAUGGUCCUCGCGCUCUGUCCUCAAGCUCCUGUUUACCGCAUUAGCAGUCCGGAUGGGAGAAGUGGCUGUAACGUGACGCGCGCCGUCCCAAAAGGGAAUACGAGUCCCGUCUUUCCGCUGAGGCAGGCGAUACUCGUUGACUUCAACGGCCUUGUAGUUGCACCUCCAGGUGUUUAUGCCUCUCGACCAGCUGAGGACGUGUUGCCUGAGCGCCGGGGCCAGUCAGAGUCGAUAACAUCGUCGAAUAGCGCGACAGAUGUUGGGAACACAUCAACCCAUCACGCCUUUGGAGCUUCUCAGUCGGAAAAACCACUUGGAUCAUCCAGACGGAAUCUUCCAGAGACUCACUAUCACGGAAUGCCACGAUCCGUCAACGCUGCAGCCAGCCCCGCUAAACCUGAAGGUCGAAAGAAGACCAAGUCUCGCAAUGGUUGUCAACACUGCAAGUUCAAAUGUGACGAGACGAAGCCUGGCUGCAUCAAGUGCAAGAACAGAGGCAUCACGUGUCCAGGCUACGAGAAGUCGCUGAAGUGGUCUACUAAGUACGAGUUGUUCCAGCCAGCCGACUUCGAUCGCUCCAAAAAGCCAAAGAAGCCUUCAGACUACUGGAAACAGCCUCCUUCGAGACUGACUGAAAUCGCCCUCACUCCAGAAGUCCGCAGGCACCUGGACGCUUUUGCGGCAACACUACCAACCAAAGCCUGUCGCGAGACUACUCAGUGCGAGCGAAUCCAAGAACUUGACGAGGGAAUCGAGGCGGACCAAAGGCUUGACAGGCCUGACGCCGACCCUAACGAUUCCUUGAGUCCGCCUGAUGCCGAAGAAGUCGACGAACCGCUUGGAGACACAGAAGUAGAUUUCCACCAGCUCGACCUAGAUCUGUUCGACUACCUCAAUGCUGAUGAUCCGUUCGACUACCUCGAUGCUAAUGAUCCGUUCGCAUUCGAGUUCGAAACCGGAGAUGACUGCCAGGAGCUUGCAGUCCAACAUGUCCAUGAUAGAGGCGACGCCCGUCUCUCCAGAUCUUUGCUUCUUGACUACUAUCGUCUUCCUCCUAGCUCCAACACCCACACUAUGCUUGUAGAACAUUAUUUUAGCGACGUCUGUUCCUUGUUUUCAUCUUUUGAUUCCCCCUUGAAUCCUUUCCGUGUAACUAUUGCGCGCAUCUGGGAUAGUUCACCGUCCAUCUAUUACGCAAUUCAGUCCAUGGCUGCAGCGCAGCUCGCCAACACCUUUCCCCAGAUGACAGCUACCGGACUGGAGAUGCAGAAAAGGGCAUACGAAUGCCUCAUCGAGGAGCUGCAGUUGGUUAAUGAUGGACAUAUCAAACGCGAGAGGAUGCUACUCAGCAUAUUACUCCUGGGCCUCUCCACUAGUUGGCAUGAUAGUGGGGACCUGGGCCUUCACCAUCUGACCGUAGCUAGAUCACUUAUCUUGCCCUGCCUCCUCGAAGGGAGUCAAUCUGAUGACAGAGAUGUUCAGCGCCAAGUCCAGUUUUUCGAGGAAUCUCUUAUCUAUUGGGAGAUGUUGAUCGGUUUCGUUUCCGAAGAUUCAAUGAGCUUCUCUCCAAGAGCCAAACCCCUACCCAAGAACGCUUCCUCAUGCAAGUCUGCUUCGGAGACGGUAAAUGGCAAAUUUGUACCACACCCCUGGACCGGAAUCGCGCCUAAGGUACAGAUGCUGUUCGCUGAAGUUGGCCGGAUUGUUCGACGUGAGCGGACGUCGCUGCUUUCAGGCAUCUUUGAUCCUGCAGAUUCUAAAGAGAGGCUUGAUUGCGCUGCCAUUUUGGAGGAGGAAUUACUGACGGCCGAAUACCCUCUGGAAUACGACUUGGUAGACCCUGGAGACCAGAAGACCCACAAGCAUGAUUUCGUUGUUCUUGCGGAAGCCUACCGCUGCGCUGGUCUGCUAGAGAUAUACCGAGUGUUCCCAUUCAUCCUUAGGAAGCGCCUAGGGCAACACGCCGAACCUACAUGGGACCCCGACUUCAACUUCGAGUUUGAAUUCUCUACACCACGAUUCGAGACCAGGCAUGAAACCUCUGACGUCAAUCUCUGGAUCAGCUCUUUGGCAUUGCAUAUUCUCGAUACCCUCGAGUGUCUCCCGCCGUCAUCUGGGACAUCUUGUCUCCAGCCGAUCCUUCUAGUGACCGCAGCUUCAGAGCUAAAACGCGUUUCCACCGUCGAUUAUUUUGACGUUCACGCAAACGACCCAAAGAUCAUUCGCACACGCGCAUUCGUGGACAGACGACUCAACGAAUUCGCCAUGAGACUGCCUGCUAAACCACUCCGACGGAUGCAGGAGCUCAUCAAAGAAGUCUGGCGGCGACUGGAUGCUGGCGACGAUGCCUUUUGGAUGGACGUGAUGAUUGAGAAAGGAUGGCAGACUGUCAUGGGAUGA